AUGGUGAGGCUCUCUUCACGGUCGGUAUUGAUCGGGCUUUGUCUGGCAACGCAACAAAUCCAUGCCGCUUUGACAGUCGACCUCGAUUCUCCAGAAUCCAUCAAACAAGCAGCGUCGCAAGUUGCAGAGGAUCUUCUCACGUUUUACCGCGGCGACGAACCGGGAUGGGUCCCCGGCAUCCUACCUGGACCUCCUCCGGAUGGUGAUUAUUACUGGUGGCAAGGAGGUGCUAUGUGGGGUACAUUGUUGGACUAUAGACAUCACUCAGGUGACAAAACCUACGAUGAUACAACGACUACGGCCAUGCUAUUCCAAGUAGGAGACGACAGAGAUUUCAUGCCUGGAAACUGGUCGGCAUCCAUGGGCAAUGACGAUCAGGCUUUCUGGGCACUUUCGGCGCUUGUGGCUACGGAGACGGGAUUUACAGACCCGCCAGCAGAAGAGCCGCAGUGGCUAUCGUUGGCCCAGGCCGUAUUCAACGAGCAGACACACGAGGAUAGACGAGUACCGUCGGGAAAUUGCAAGUGGGGGCUGAGAUGGCAAGUGUAUCCUACAAACAAUGGAUAUGAUUAUAUCAACACUAUUGCAAAUGGGUGCUACUUCAACAUUGGCGCUCGCCUGGCACGGUACACAGACAACGCUACAUACGGAGAGCUAGCAGGCCGGACUUUCGAUCUAAUGGAAAGACUGGGAUAUGUCGACAAGGACUGGAACGUGUACGACGGUGCUCAUCUCCCAGACUGCACCGAUAUUAACAAGGCACAAUUCUCGUAUAAUGCCGCAAUGUUAUUGCAAGGAGCGGCUUUUAUGUACAAUUUUACCGACGGCGAGGAAGUCUGGCGAAACAGAAUCCAGGGUCUUCUGGACCGUACGCUCGAGGUUUUCUUCCCCGGAGGUAUCGCUUUUGAACCUUCCUGCGAACCUGGCAACUGCAAUGCCGAUAUGCGCUCGUUCAAGGGCUUUCUGCACCGCUGGAUGGCAUCGACUGCCAUCCUGGCACCCUUCACCUAUGACACAAUUAUGCCAGUGCUAAAGACUUCGGUGGCAGGUGCUGUUGUGCAGUGUACGGGCGGCGAUAACGGCCGGUUCUGCGGUUUCCAUUGGACAACAGGUGUGUUCGACGGCAAAGUUGGUGCGGGUCAACAGAUGAACGUUCUCGGAGGUCUCACAUCACUACUAGCGGCCAACCCGCCAUUAACAAACUCCAGUGGUGGAACGAGUGUCGGCAACGUGAAUGCGGGCAGUGGCGAGACAAAAUUGACGCAGCUGCCUGACAUCACUACUGGUGACAAGGCUGGCGCAGGCGUGUUAACAGCGGCCAUAAUUGCGGGUACGCUCGGCGCUUUCGCCUGGAUGAGUUUUGAUUAA